AUUUUAGUUAGAAUUAAAUUUUGUGCCGAAUUGAAAAAGUCCUUCCGCCACACCGCGUGAAACACUACUGGCUUCCAUGUCCAUUUCCUGGAUCUGACUGUGCUUCGCUGUCUUUCUCAAAUUCCUCCUUUCCUCUCUCUCUCUCUCUCUCUCUCUCUCUUCCCGUAGUUGAAGUAGAAGAAGACUAACAAUCAUAAUAUCAAUCUUUUUGCGGGAGUUCAAUUGGUGCAUCUUUAAACAUGAAGAUUUCGAUCUCACUUCUUCUUCUGCUCUUCUGCAUCUCUACUUGUUUCUCUUCUCCCGUUUCAGAUGGUGUAUUCUCCUCUGAUUUAGCUUCAAUUGGAAGAAACCUUCUCCAGGCCAAGAAACCUUGUCCUGUAAACUUUGAGUUCAUGAAUUACACAAUCAUCACCAGUCGUUGCAAAGGACCACGCUACCCUGCUGAUCUCUGUUGUCAAGCAUUCAAAGACUUCGCAUGUCCUUAUGCAGCAGACUUAAACGACUUAGAAAACGAGUGUUCUUCAACAAUGUUCAGCUACAUCAAUCUGUAUGGCAGCUAUCCACCUGGCCUUUUUGCUAGCUUGUGUCGCGAUGACAAAGUAGGCCUCAUCUGCCCUGCUUUAGCACCAGGAACAGCAAGGAAUGGUGUAGGAGCUGAUACCAACAACAGCCACAUCAUCCGCAACCCAUCCUUACUACUCUCACUAACUGCAACUUUUCUUAUCUUAUUCUUCCGGUGGUUUUGAAGGCUCAAGAAUCAAGAUUGCCUCUUCAUGUUGCCAAAUUCCUGUAAGUUUGUUUUGAGUUAUUUUUUUAAUGUUGUAUCAUCGAUAUUAGAUAGCCCACGAAGGAGAUUCUUUUUUUUAUUUUUAUUGUUGUAUAAUUAUUUAAUAUCUUCCCUUACCCACUAAGAAAAUUUGGUAUUUUUUUUACAACGAAUGCAUCUAUUAUUACAAUUGGUCUGUAAUCAAUCAUGCUAUAUAUGUGUGGUCCUACUUUGCUAUAUAUAAAACGAUCUUUCAUC